AUGGAUGAGGCCACAAAAUCGAGUCUGAAAGCAAUUCCGCUCUGCAAGACAAAAGCCAGUCCGAGAGAUGGCGAUUUGUGGAUUGAAAGGCUGAAGGAAGAGUACGAGUCAAUUAUCGCCGCCGUCCAGAACAACAAGAACAGCGAUAGAGAUUGGUUCAAAUUGGAGUCCAACGAAAGAGGCACAAAAUGGUUCGGAAAGUGUUGGUACUUCCACAAUAUGGUUAAGUAUGAGUUCGACGUCGAAUUCGACAUUCCAAUCACUUAUCCAGUCACAGCUCCAGAAAUCGCGUUGCCUGAAUUAGAUGGAAAAACUGCAAAGAUGUACCGUGGUGGAAAGAUCUGUCUCUCGGAGCACUUCAAGCCUCUAUGGGCUCGCAAUACACCUAAAUUCGGGAUCGCGCACGCUUUCGCUCUCGGCUUGGGACCAUGGAUGGCUGUUGAGAUUCCAGACUUGAUUGAGAAGGGACUGAUUCAUCCAAAAGCAUAA